UGAAGGAGGAGAUCGGGUGAACAAAGCGUAAGAAGGGUCCUGAGCAGUCAUGUACGCCAGACAUGUUACCAGGAGAGCAUUUAUCUGUGGAAGCGGAGGAGCAAAAAGCAAACCUGACUGAAGGUAGCACGUCUCUGAAAUCAGCCCAGGAAAUCCUUUCAGUGUGUGACCCCGUUAGCAGAGGAAACACCAUCACCACUGAUCUUAUCUGCUCUCAGCCCCUUCCUGCAGUUUCUCCACCAGCAGAGGCCUCACGGGAGAAACUUAAGUCUGACCAUCAGCAGAAGCCUGUGUGUCCACGAUGCAGCCUCACAGCUCCCGAUGAGCAGGGCUCCGGGUUGUCAGUGCGCAGCGGCAGCAGUAAAAGGAGAAGGGAGACGGGUAGUGUGGCCGGAUCACACCAAACUGCUGCUGCACCUGCUGACUCGUGUUUUCGCCUGCUGUUGGCCUGCCUGUGGUGUCACUGCUCCACGCUGCUCCUGGGUCUCCUGGAGGUUUGCGCUUCCUGCCUCCAUGCCCUCUGCUCCACCUGCUGCCGCGCCUGCUCCCGCUGCUGUUCAGCCGUUCAGGAGGCCCCCGUGGAGGAGUUCACCUGCCACGCCCACUGCCACUCAGUUCUGUUCCAGUCCUGCUGCGAGCCCACCGAGUGUCUCGAGUUUUGUCUGGAGUGUUGUGAGAUCUGCCAUCGCAGCUAGGACAGUUUGUUUUUUUUCCCUCAGAUUUGAUGUUGCUAAUCUUGAGUAAAUGAAAUAUUCCUGGUAUGCCAGAUGAAGCACAACAAUAAUAGUUCAGCAUUUGGAAAAAUUGGUUAAAAAAAAAUUGAUUUCUUGAUGAUUUAUUAGAAGCUGAACAAAAGCCAAGAGGCCUUUAGCUUAUGCUAGGAUAAAGACUGCACGUUAGGAGACACCAGCAUGGCCGCUGUCCUCGUUUUUCAAAGGGGAACUCCUUCAAAGACUUUAUACAGAACUUAGAGAAUACUGAUACAUAUGUCAAAAAAGUCAUAAGUGGCUCCAGAGCUGUGCAAAAUUAUCAGUUGUGCUUGAACCAAAUAGCUCAAAGCUACUUCAGCUACUAUUAGCAUGACAUAUUUUAAUUUCUGACCAAAC